GAUGGGCAGCGGCGACGAUGACGGCAAACGCAGCUGCAGUUGGCUAGUUCUACGGGCCAGAGAUGCCAAAAACGCCGGCCAAAUACCAGGCAAAUCAGCGUCAAGAUAAAGCUGCAUUUGUCGACGAGAUGUGGAGCGAGCGAGAAGCUGUCGGCGCUGCAGUGAACUCUCCCUCGUGGAAGCCCCGUUCCUCCCCCCGCCCGACGACUUGCAGUCACGAUUGUGCGGGGCAGGCCAACACUAAAUUCAAAACCCAUAAAGACAUCAAAGCAGGCAACGCGUGUAACAAUUUGCCAGCCAGCCAACAACAACCGAGGCAACAACAAAUGCAACAAAACGCAAAUUAACAACGGACCAACAUACACUCACGGACAGGCCCAAAGGAGUCCGGAGAUGUUGGGAGGACUGGGGACCUGGUACUUCGAGCCUGGAACUUGGAACUUGGGGACUACAAGCGACGACGACGACGACGACGACGAUGACGACAACGAUCGGUCGAAAAAAGCAGCGAAAAACAAAACAGCAACAACAACAACAAGACGACCUGGCCAAGGCAUCCGCACCCGCACAACCGCAAGCAACAACAACAACAACGACAACAACAUGAAAACAACAGCGGUAACAACAGAAACAACAACCUCGGGCUGCCCAUGAAGAUGCUGGCCAAAACGAAACUGGCAAUACCCUAAAUAGUAAAUUAGGUUGAGAGGGUACUUCAAAUCCGAAAUAUUGUAAAAGAAUAGAAUAAAGGAAUAUAUAUAUUUUCAAAUAAUACUGAACAA